CAUUCCCUGCUUAAGAUCCUUUUGGCCUUACACUUAAAAUUCAGACUCAGCAUGAAAAACAAGGCUGUGUGAUUGCCAUUUCACCUUUAUCUUUGGUUGCAACCCAGUUAUUCUUCAGUCAUACUGAACCAAUGUAAGAAAAUCUUUAGUGUCUCCCAUUGUGAACCCCCUUCCCAUUUUCCCAAUACAUCUCUUUCCUUCCCAUUUUUUCUGCUGUAUUGUCCACAUUUCUGCUUUACCACUUCUUAUAUCACACUGCAUGAAUUUCUUUACAUAUUUUUCCCUCUAAUUUGACAUUGAAGCCCCUGUGGUAAAACAAUGCCUUAUUCGUCUUAAAAUUUACUUUGUUUAUUCAUUCAUUUAGUCAACAAAUAUUCCAGUCUAAUAGAGCCUUAGAACCAACUGUCUACAGCAAGCACUUAAUAAGUGUAUACUGAAUAAGUGCAUGAAUUAACUUGUUCUAAGUGGUGGGCAGCCACAACCUCUUCCAAGAGUGGCUCUGGGCAAGUAUAUUUACAGACACUAGUAGAAUUAUCUUCCUUCCUGGCCUUAGUCUUACUUCAGUAAUACCAUUUUAUAACAAGGGUUAGCCAACUUUCUUUGAAGAGGCCUAGGUAGAAAUAUUUUCAGCAGCGGUGACUAAAUGGUUUUUGUUACAACUACUCAGCUCUGCCAACUUAACUCUGUGGUUGUGGUGUUAGAGUGUCCAUAGACAAUAUUUAAGCAAAUUACGUGGCUGUGUGCCAAUAAAACUUUAUGCACGGAUGCUGAAAUUUGAAUUAAUAUUAUUUUCAUGAGCUACAAAAUAUAAUUCUUUUGAUUUUUUUCAUCCAUUAAAAAUGUAAAACGUCCUUAGCUUAUGGGUGCUACAAAAACAGGUUGCAUACAGGAUUUGGCCUCCAGGCUCUAGUUUGCUGGCAGGUUUUAGAAAAUUCCUAAUUUAAAAAAUGUGUAGUUCUAUUACACUCUCCUCCCUCUCCUUCUCUUCUUGUGGAUAACCAUCUGCUGGAGGUUGAAUGGAAAGGCAAUCUCACAAAGUAUUAAUAUGUUGAUUUAUGCACUGCUGUUUCAACUCCCAUGGAUACGAAGUCCAUUUAUCCAGUGAAUAAGAUACAGAGUUAGGUUGUACUGCCAAGACAACACAGUCCCAAGCGACACGAAAUCGGCGAUGGCAGGGUUCCGGAGACGCGAGGGAACCUCCCUCACUUCUCAGACCCAAGGUAUCCCUAGCUGGAAACGCCGUUCUCCGAUUGGCUUCCCGGGCCGGCCGCGGGAUCGCGCAGACGCACUGGUUCCGCCUUCCCACCAAUCUCGCUCGCCCCUCGACGCGUUCCGUUCGUGCGUGGAGGAGGUGGCGGGAGGUAAGGCCGCUCCGUGGGCCGGGACUGCGGCUCGCCGAGCGGCUGGGCCUAGCGACGGCGCGGAUGGAGGACUCGCAGCUGUUCUGCGUGGCCGAGGAGCGAAGCGGCCACUGCGCGGUGGUGGAUGGAAACUUCCUCUACGUUUGGGGGGGCUACGUGUCUAUUGAAGACAAUGAAGUAUAUUUGCCUAAUGAUGAAAUUUGGACCUAUGAUAUUGAUAGUGGGUUGUGGACAAUGCACCUCAUGGAAGGAGAACUCCCUACCUCCAUGUCAGGAAGUUGUGGUGCCUGCAUUAAUGGAAAGCUGUACGUUUUUGGAGGAUAUGAUGACAAAGGAUACAGCAAUCGACUUUAUUUUGUUAAUUUGCGAACAAGAGAUGGAAACUACAUUUGGGAAAAAAUCACCAACUUUGAAGGAAAACCACCCACACCACGUGAUAAACUUUCUUGCUGGGUAUAUAAAGACAGAUUAAUAUAUUUCGGUGGCUAUGGAUGUAGGAGACACAAUGAACUCCAAGACUGUUUUGAUGUUCAUGAUGCAUCUUGGGAAGAGCAGAUAUUCUGGGGAUGGCAUAAUGAUGUUCAUGUAUUUGACACAAAGACACAGAGUUGGUUUCAACCAGAAAUUAAAGGCGGAGUUCCACCCCAGCCACGAGCUGCACAUACAUGUGCAGUUCUUGGAAAUAAGGGCUACAUCUUUGGUGGACGUGUUUUGCAAACUAGGAUGAAUGAUUUGCACUAUCUAAACUUAGAUACAUGGACUUGGUCUGGAAGGGUUCUUAUUAAUGGCGAAAACCCGAGACAUCGAUCGUGGCAUACUUUAACACCAAUAGCUGAUGAUAAACUUUUCCUGUUUGGUGGACUAAGUGCAGACAAUAUUCCAUUAAGUGAUGGUUGGAUUCAUAAUGUCAUAACAAAUUGUUGGAAACAACUUACCCAUUUACCUAAAACAAGACCCAGGUUAUGGCACACAGCUUGUUUGGGAAAAGAAAAUGAAAUAAUGGUAUUUGGUGGAAGUAAAGAUGAUUUACUUUCCUUGGAUACAGGUCACUGUAAUGAUUUACUGAUCUUUCAAACACAGCCUUAUUCACUACUCAGGUCAUGCCUUGACUGCAUUGGUAAAAAUGCUAUAAUUUUAGAAAGUCAGAUAUCUUUAUUACCUCCUAAACUUCUGCAACAAGUCCUCAAAAAAAUAACAUUUUGGACUGCAGCUAACCACCGAGAAGAACAAAGAGCCCAAAAAGAGGAAACAGAAAAUAAGUGUCAGAGGAUCAGUAGCAAUUAAGUUGUUAUAUACUGUACAUAUUUAAUAUGUUUAAACAUUCUAAUCAGACUGUAUAUUUACCCUCGAAAUCAGAGGCUUUAUUUAGAAGAUAAAUUUUGAAACCAAAAUGCUUUGUUAAAGUGAUUACGUGGUGUGGGAUAUAUGAGUAUGAGAUGUUAAUGGCAGAUUAAUUUAUAUUUAUAUUUGUAAAAUAAUUUCCUUAUUAGCUGCAGAAAAAAUAUACUUUCUAAAAGUUAAUACAAUUCUGAGAGAUUUUAACUCACUAUAUUCUCAUUACUGGAAAGAUUAUACAAAUUUGAAGAGAAUAAGAAAUUACACAAGGACUUUAGAAAUCCCCCAACCUAGUAAUAGAUAAAAAAACUACAUAGCAACUUUCAGAAAGAAUAGAUUUUCUCAAGUCACUUUAAAAUUAUCUAAAGCUUCUCAUUAAAUAGCUCAGUUACUUAAAUAAUUGAUAUAGCUGGGCAAAAUUGUAAAAUAGGCAAACACUGGUAUGUUAUUAAAUAUUGAACACCUACCCUUUUUGCCCUCAUCUAGUAAAGUAUUCUUAAACAUCAUCAUCAUAAAGAUCAUUGUAAUAUUGCCUUUUUCUUUUCAUAAAUUUUUCCUCAAAUUUUUCCUCAAAUUUUUCCUUUGAGUAGGGAAUAAAUGUCUUCAAUUGCUUUCCAUUACCCCUAAGUUAUUAGUUUGUCCAAUUUUAUGUGUGUGUGUGCAUAAAGACUAUGUUUUAAAGUGUCCGAAGGGGAUAUUUAUCAUACACACUUUGAAAUAUUGAAAAGUAGCAUAUUAAUUUUUGAGACACAUUAAAAUACAUUUUUACUUUGGGAGAGUGCUUCUAAAGUAAUUUUCAUAAAUAAUGAAAUGGGAUGGUAACCUAAUAAUUUGCCUUUAUAGAAACCCCUCAGUUUGCCCCAAACCAUUCUACAGAGUUGAUGUUCAAGGAUAUCGAAAAUAUGUUAUCUCGCCAUUUAUUUUUGGUAUUAACUGCCAAUACAGAAAUGGAACCCUAUGUUUAUCUUUACAUUCCAUAAAAUAGUACUUUUGCCUUAAGAAAUUGUUCAUCUUAUCACAGUCAUACCCUUACAUUGAAUUACUAAUGACAAUGUUCUACUGAAAAGCUUGGCAUAUAAAAUUACUCUUCACAAUACCACCAUGCAAGUGAAAUUUAAAAUGUUAGAGCAAAUAUAUUUCUAUAUUGAAAUAUGUAUAAUUUAUAAUGAAAUUAUAGUAGUUUGUAGUACCAUUAAAUUUUAGAGAUAUAUUUUCUAUAUGUAUUGUAUUUUAGAGGUGUAAAGUUUUAUUUAUGUAUUGAAA